AUGGGCUCUGGCUACUGGCUGGGCGGCUUGCUGGUCACGGCCGUGAGCUUCGCGCUGCCGAAGCUCUGGCAGUCCCCCGAUUCUCCGGCUGAGACCAAGCUUUGGACCAGGACCCUUCCUCCCGCAGGCGCAAAGCCCUUCAGCGAUGCCGAAGAGGCGUUUCGCGCCGGUCGGGACAGAGCCACUGAGGUCAUCGACGCAAGUGUCGCCCAGGCGCUGCAGCGGCAAAGUCGCUUCUUCGGGCUGUCCCUGCUUCGUGGAGCCAUCGAUGGUGAAAUGGUGACGCUGAUGCGCGAGGACGCCCUGCGCCUCAUGCAGCAGGGCCGCCUAACUCCCUCAGGUGAUCCGAACGAGCCACAGUUGACGGAGCAGUACAAGAGAUACCUAGGCAGCCUCCCCGUACUGACCAUCCUCGAUUUGCAGCGAGCUACCGAGGAGGGGCUGGUGGGCCUUGCGUACGGCGUGGCCUUCCUGGCAGGCGUUUGCAGCCGCUUAGAUGCGCUGGGAACGCAGUCGCUGGAGCCCGGAACGAUACAGCUCGCUUGCUACGAUGGCGAUGGCGUGGCAUACCACGUGCACGAGGACUAUGUCCCGGAGCAAGAGUACAAUCCCGAUGAUCUGCCACCACACCACCGCCUGGCCUACAAGCGGCGGGUUACCGCGAUCCUGUACUUGCAGGAGGAGUGGAAGGAAGAUCUGGGAGGAGCCUUCCGAGCGCAUGCUGUGCGACCCGUGGGAGAAGAGCCUCUUCCAAGCGACUAUGUGGACGUCUUGCCUGAGGGUGGCUCGCUCAUCCUCUUUCGAUCGGACAUGCCGCAUGAAGUUAAUGUGCCCUGGGCCUGCUUCCUAUCGCUCAGAGAGGAGUAUAAGGAGUGCUUCGACCCGGAGUGCCCGGUCAGCGACCACCAGCCACAGCUUUUCCGGGCCGAGCUCGGCGGGCGCCUUGUGGAGGUCCUGACCUGGAACGUGAUGAUGCGAGGCGUUGUACUGCAAGAUGUGCUCAGCGUUGUUUGUGUUAGACAGGGCAUGCUGAGGAUCUUUCAAGAGGGGUCGGGUGGGGCAGCCGUCCCAGCCUCGAAAGUCUUUGUGCCCAUUGGCCUGCCCAAGCCUCUCUCCGCAGACUUUGUUUCUGGACCCUCGAUCCGGCUGAGCUGCAGCGGCGGCCCCAUGGCUCGCGCAUUUCAGAUAGAGGAUCGCGUGACCGUUGCCCAGACGCAGCUUUGCGGCACCGUGAAGUUCAUCGGGUUGACGGACUUUGCGGCUGGGGAGUGGAUCGGCCUCAGACUGGACGAGAAAUCCGGCAAAAACAACGGCUCCGUGAAGGGCAAGGUCUACUUCGAUUGCGAGGAAGAUCAUGGCCUUUUCGUAAGGCCUACGGCGCUCUCCAGAGCCACAAGCACAGGGCGAAGAUCCAGCAAAUCCUGUCUGCUGCCAUACGUGUCGCUGCAUCAGGUGAGGCAAGCUCCGGCCCCCCUGCCCAUACUGCCACCACCCAUCCCAACCGCGCAGACCGAGCCGGCAGCGUCUUCUAAGAAGCUCAGCAAAGUGGAGGAAGGCGACAAGAGCUUGGAGCUUCAGAUUGCCAGCGUGCAAAUGGAGCUGGCGAAUGCCAUGGAGGAUCACGAUGUCGAUGCCAUCCAAAGAUUGCUGCCAGUGGCCCUCAACCUUGGCCUAGCCUCAGAGGAGAUUGCAGCUGCAAGGCGAAUCUUGAGCUGGGAGCUGAAUGAGAGCUUUGUGGAGGAGGUAGCUGCUGUGCGGCGCUCCGUCUCGCAGUUGGCGGAGUCCGUGGCGCAGCUUGAGGCGAACUGGAGGCCAAGGCCCAGGAUCACCGCGGAUGCCAUCGACGACCUCGUCGCCCGCCUCGGGGGCGAGCUCGAGAGGAGGGUUUGGCAGCAGCUCGAGGACAAGAUUCAGAACUUUGUAGACGCAGCUCUGUUGAAGGCUAUGGAGAAACACCUCGCAGCUCCUGCCGAGAUGCUGGAUCCCCCCAGGGCGACCUUCACGCAAGAGGAGGUCCUGAAAGCCAAGGAGGAGGAGCCGCCGGCUUCUAAAGUUCCGGAAGCACCUCCCAACCAGGUGUUGCCACAGAACCCUGACGACUGCGACGACGGGGCAGCGCGCUUUGUCGUCCAGCGCUUGCUGCACGGAGGCCUUCAGCGGGCCCACCUCAUGGCCCAGGUGGUGUCCCCACCGGAUGCGCCCUUCGAAGAGCACGGAGCCACAACACCCGCCCAAGCCUCCAAGAGGCCAGGUGAGGACGGUGAGGAUGCGAAGAGUGCGAAGAGAGAUGAGGCUUGUAGGAAGGUCCAGGCCGUGGCAAGAGGUAGACAGGUGAGGCAGCACAAGGAGCUGCUGGCGAAGAGCUCCGUGACGAUCCAACGCGCGUUCCGCCGCGUCAGGCCCCGGUGGCUUGAGGGAUCGAGGCCAAAUGUCGCGGCGGUCCUCCAGGUAGUGGGUGGCCAGCGCAAGGAGUGGGCCAAGGAGUUUCAGAGAGCCGCAGGCCACGGCGGAUUGCAGAAGCCUGGCUUUCUCCAGGCACUUAGCAGUUCGUGUGGUGAGAAGGCGUCGCGCGCACAGGCGGAGAAGCUCUGGGCUGGUUUCCUGGAGCAAAGUGAGGUUGGCGAUCCCAUGAUGCUCCCGACCUUCUGGGCCAUAUGCGAGGCUGUCCUAGACGGCGAUGCCCACGCUGCUGAGUUCGCAGGGAUGGCCGAGGAGGAGUAUAGAUCCUACAGCUCGGAUCCAGAGAUGUCUUCUGAGGUCCUGCCACAGAACCCUGACGACUGCGACGACGGGGCAGCGCGCUUUGUCGUCCAGCGCUUGCUGCACGGAGGCCUUCAGCGGGCCCACCUCAUGGCCCAGGUGGUGUCCCCACCGGAUGCGCCCUUCGAAGAGCACGGAGCCACAACACCCGCCCAAGCCUCCAAGAGGCCAGGUGAGGACGGUGAGGAUGCGAAGAGUGCGAAGAGAGAUGAGGCUUGUAGGAAGGUCCAGGCCGUGGCAAGAGGUAGACAGGUGAGGCAGCACAAGGAGCUGCUGGCGAAGAGCUCCGUGACGAUCCAACGCGCGUUCCGCCGCGUCAGGCCCCGGUGGCUUGAGGGAUCGAGGCCAAAUGUCGCGGCGGUCCUCCAGGUAGUGGGUGGCCAGCGCAAGGAGUGGGCCAAGGAGUUUCAGAGAGCCGCAGGCCACGGCGGAUUGCAGAAGCCUGGCUUUCUCCAGGCACUUAGCAGUUCGUGUGGUGAGAAGGCGUCGCGCGCACAGGCGGAGAAGCUCUGGGCUGGUUUCCUGGAGCAAAGUGAGGUUGGCGAUCCCAUGAUGCUCCCGACCUUCUGGGCCAUAUGCGAGGCUGUCCUAGACGGCGAUGCCCACGCUGCUGAGUUCGCAGGGAUGGCCGAGGAGGAGUAUAGAUCCUGCAGCUCGGAUCCAGAGACGUCUUCUGAGGUCCUGCCACAGAACCCUGACGACUGCGACGACGGGGCAGCGCGCUUUGUCGUCCAGCGCUUGCUGCACGGAGGCCUUCAGCGGGCCCACCUCAUGGCCCAGGUGGUGUCCCCACCGGAUGCGCCCUUCGAAGAGCACGGAGCCACAACACCCGCCCAAGCCUCCAAGAGGCCAGGUGAGGACGGUGAGGAUGCGAAGAGUGCGAAGAGAGAUGAGGCUUGUAGGAAGGUCCAGGCCGUGGCAAGAGGUAGACAGGUGAGGCAGCACAAGGAGCUGCUGGCGAAGAGCUCCGUGACGAUCCAACGCGCGUUCCGCCGCGUCAGGCCCCGGUGGCUUGAGGGAUCGAGGCCAAAUGUCGCGGCGGUCCUCCAGGUAGUGGGUGGCCAGCGCAAGGAGUGGGCCAAGGAGUUUCAGAGAGCCGCAGGCCACGGCGGAUUGCAGAAGCCUGGCUUUCUCCAGGCACUUAGCAGUUCGUGUGGUGAGAAGGCGUCGCGCGCACAGGCGGAGAAGCUCUGGGCUGGUUUCCUGGAGCAAAGUGAGGUUGGCGAUCCCAUGAUGCUCCCGACCUUCUGGGCCAUCUGCGAGGCUGUCCUAGACGGCGAUGCCCACGCUGCUGAGUUCGCAGGGGUGACCGAGGAGGAGUAUCGGUCCUACAGCCAUCAGGGCGUGGAGUCUCAGCUACUUGCCGCCAAGAGGAUCCAGGCAGCGCAGCUUGGGCGCCAGGCCAGGGUUUUGCCGGCCGCCUGA